UCAGUACACAAAGGCUGCUGCUACCACCGGAGGGAGGAAGGGCUGCUCCGCACGCACCUACCAUGGUGGCUUUGUCAAUGGUCCUUGUUUUCCUGCUGGCCCUGAGCAGAGGUGAAAGUGAACUGGACACCAAGAUCUCAUCCCCACAGGAGACCACAGAAUGGCGGGCUCCUGGGCUGUCCCUACCAGGGUCCUGCCAGCCAGCUCCCUCCUGUCAAAAGUGCAUCCUCUCACACCCGAGCUGUGCAUGGUGCAAGCAACUGAACUUCACGGCGUCCGGGGAGGCAGAGGUGCGCCGCUGCGCCCUGCGAGAGGAGCUGCUGGCCCGGGGCUGCCCCCCGGGGGAGCUGGAGGAGCCCCGCGGCCGGCAGGAGGUGCUGCAGGACGAGCCGCUCAGCCAGGGCACCCGCGGCGAGGGGGCCACCCAGCUGGCACCGCAGCGGGUCCGGGUCACGCUGCGGCCGGGAGAGCCCCAGCAGCUCCGGGUCCGCUUCCUUCGAGCCGAGGGAUACCCUGUGGACCUGUACUACCUUAUGGACCUGAGCUACUCCAUGAAGGACGACCUGGAGCGCGUGCGCCAGCUUGGGCACGCGCUGCUGGUGAGGUUGCAGGAAGUCACCCACUCCGUGCGCAUUGGCUUUGGUUCCUUCGUGGACAAAAUGGUGCUGCCCUUCGUGAGCACAGUGCCCUCCAAGCUUCGCCACCCCUGCCCCACCCGGCUGGAGCGCUGCCAGCCGCCCUUCAGCUUUCACCAUGUGCUAUCCCUCACCGGGGAUGCUAAGGCCUUCGAACGGGAGGUGGGACGCCAGAGCGUGUCCGGCAACCUGGACUCGCCUGAAGGUGGCUUUGAUGCCAUUCUGCAGGCUGCCCUCUGCCAGGAGCAGAUUGGCUGGAGAAAUGUGUCCCGGCUACUGGUGUUCACUUCAGAUGACACAUUCCACACAGCUGGGGAUGGCAAGUUGGGUGGCAUUUUCAUGCCCAGCGACGGGCACUGCCACUUGGACAGCAAUGGCCUCUACAGUCGCAGCCCAGAGUUUGACUACCCCUCCGUGGGUCAGGUAGCCCAGGCCCUCUCUGCGGCAAACAUCCAGCCCAUCUUUGCUGUCACUGGUGCCACACUGCCUGUCUACCAGGAGCUGAGUAAGCUGAUUCCCAAGUCCGCAGUGGGGGAGCUGAGUGAGGACUCCAGCAAUGUGGUCCAGCUCAUCAUGGAUGCUUAUAAUAGUCUAUCAUCCACUGUGACCCUUGAACAUGAACGCUCUCUACUCCCUCCCGGGGUCCGCAUCUCUUACGAUUCUCAGUGUGGGGGUCCUGAGAAGAGACAGCAUGAGGCUGGUGACAGGGGCCAGUGCAACCACGUCCGAAUCAACCAGACAGUGAAUUUUCUGGUUACUCUCCAAGCUACCCACUGCCUCCCAGAGCCCCAUCUGCUGAGGUUCCGAGCCCGUGGCUUUUCAGAGGAGCUGACUGUGGAGUUGCACACACUGUGUGACUGUAACUGCAGUGACACCCAGCUCCAGGCUCCUCACUGCAGUGACGGCCAGGGGCACCUACAAUGCGGGGUGUGCAGCUGUGUCCCUGGCCACCUGGGUCGGCUCUGUGAGUGCUCUGAGGCUGAGCUGUCCUCCCUGGAUCUGGAAUCUGGGUGUCGAGCCCCCAAUGGCACAGGGCCCCUGUGCAAUGGGAGGGGACGGUGCCAGUGUGGACGCUGCACCUGCAGCGGACAGAGCUCUGGACGUCUGUGUGAAUGUGAUGAUGCCAGCUGUGAGCGACAUGAGGGAAUCCUCUGUGGAGGCUUUGGCCGCUGCCAAUGUGGAGUGUGUCACUGUCACGCCAAUCGCACGGGCAGAGCAUGCGAAUGCAGCGGGGACACAGACAACUGUGUCAGUCCCGAGGGAGGGCUGUGCAAUGGGCGUGGAUACUGCACCUGCAACCGCUGCCAGUGCUUGGACGGCUAUUACGGUGCCCUAUGUGAUCAGUGCUCAGGCUGCAAGACGCCAUGCGAGAGACACAGGGACUGCGCAGAGUGUGGCGCCUUUGGGACUGGUCCUCUGGCCAUGAAUUGCAGCCUGGCGUGUGCCCAUGCCAACGUGACUCUGGCUUUGGCCCCUAUUCUGGAUGAUGGCUGGUGCAAAGAGAGGACCCACGACAACCAGCUCUUCUUCUUCCUGGCAGAGGAUGAAGCCAGAGGCAGGGUCAUGCUGACAGUGAAACCCCCGGAAAAGGGGGCAGACUACACCCAAAUCAUCGUGCUGGGCUGUGUGGGGGGCAUCGUGGCAGUGGGACUGGGGUUGGUCCUGGCUUAUCGGCUCUCGGUGGAAAUCUACGACCGCCGAGAAUACAGUCGUUUUGAAAAGGAGCAGCAGCAGCUCAAGUGGAAGCAGGACAACAAUCCUCUCUACAAGAGCGCCAUCACGACCACUGUCAACCCCUGCUUUCAAGAGGCGGAAAGCGCCCCUCUCUGAAGUGGGGAGGGACACUCACUGCAGGGCUCUUCUCUGGGAUGGAGGGAAUUGGGGCAUGGGGUCUCUCAGUCAGCAGCUUGGCAGGGGGCUAAUCCGCUGCUGAGUGGUCACCCAUACUUCAUUCUUAGAGUGACACCAGAGAGGACUACCUUCUGCUGCAACCUUGCUUCCCUACCUCAGAAGUGGGGGCUACCCCCCAUGCAUACAAUAAAGAGUCUUACCUCAGAGCACACCUGUCAGUUUGCUUUACCCCAAGGCCAGAGCAGGUUGUAGAGCCUGGGCCUCAGGAAGGCUCUUGUGCAUUCCUCCUCC